CCAGGGAAGCCCAAUACGCCUUACAUAAGGAAUAUUAUUCUUAUUUUUUCCAAAAGUCCUGUGGUACUCUUAGGCAUCCGUUUCCUAGCAAAGUUACCAUCAGCAAACCGUUUGUACAAGUGAAAAUGGAUCAAAUCAAAUUUACUAGUAGAGUCCACUCUCUGCUUAUUUUUUCCCCCUUCUUAGGAUAUUCCACUACAGCAAAAUCUUGACCAAUAUCUUUUUACGGUAAAUACUGUUACAGAUGAAUCAGAAACUGUGCUUCAGACUUUUUCUACUCUAGUUGUCAAGGAAUGACCUUAUUAGGUUUUGUUUGUACUGCGUGUCCUCAUUGAAAACCAAAUAGUAAUUUUCUGGUGACAGGAUUGACUUCUUUUUAUUAGGGAUGCCAAAUAAUAGAGAAUUACCACUCACUUUAUACAAACAUUAAUUCUGUCAUGAAAAUAGCCUUCUACAAUAGCUUCAACAUUUUCUUUUGGUAAAAUGCUAUAAAGGUUUAUGCCUGGCCCCCUUAGACAGCGUUGUCAUACUUUUGCUGCUUACUUCUUAAGUUGUAAUAGUUACCAAGAAAUUUGACAGUUCCAUGUCAACCAUUCAUGGAAGUUGCCUUUCCUGCUUAGUUUAGGAGAUUAUAUUGUUUGUUAGGAAAGAAUUACCAAUACAUUGUUAAUUGUUUAGGAAAUAAUAUUUCUCUUUGUCGCUCUCUUUUUAACUUUUAUCUAUACAUAACUACACAAAUAGCGCAAAGAACAUCUGCUUACCUUUACUUAGAUUCUGCCCUUUGUCGUCAUCGUUCCUUAUUUGCUUUAUCGUGUCACACAUGCUCUUUCUCUCCUCUCUACCUUUCUCUCUCCCUAAAAGUUCUGUUCUCUGAACCAUCUGUGAGGACGUUGCACCCUCUCUACCCCAAACACCUCAGUGUGUACCUUCUAAGAGUUACAGAUGUGCAGAAUUUUAAUAAUUAUUUUGUAGACUGAGCCUAUGUAAGAAUUAUAUAAAUAAUAAAUUAUUUUCAGAGAGUAGGUAUUUCUGAACAUGAAACAGACAUUGUGGGAUAAUUUUAGAGAAAAGAUGAGUAACGUGGCUUCAGGAUUGCAUUUCUUCCUAUAACGUUCAUGACCUUGUCCUAGCAUCUUUCCUUUUUUAUCAGUAUCCCCUUUUCCACUGGGUCCUUGCCUUUAGCUUGAAGCAUGAACAGAUCUUCUCCUUUCUUUUGUCUUUUCUCACCCUCAAAAUAGUGUCCUAGCUCCUUCCUUCCCUUUGCCCUUUCCACCGCACUUCCCAUUUGCUCAUUUCCCCAUUGUAAUCUGCCUUCUGCCUCUUCUACUUUUCCGAAGCUGCCCCUUAAAGGACACCAAAGAUGGACUUGCCAAAUUCAGUGGCUUCUUAGUCAUCAUUCUUUUUGACUUCCUCCUUCCUAAGACUCUUCUGUUAGCUUCUACUCUCUUCUGAUUUUCUUUCCAGCUUUCUGACUUUUCCUCCUGCUUUCCUUUAUUAAUUCAUGCAAAAAAUAUUUGAGUGCCCACUGUAGGUCAGAACAUUUUUUGGUUGCUAGGGAUACAGCAGUGAACAAGACAGACUGAAACUCUGCUCUCAUGGAGAGAGAUCAAUAAUUUUUAAAACUAAUUUUAAGUUAUAAUAAAUGCUAAGAAAAAAUGUAAAGUGAUGUGAUACUGAGUGAUUUAUAGUAGCAGUUUUAGAUAUGAUAGUAGCAGCUCUGUCUUAAUUUGGGCUGAAUGACAGGAGGUAAUGAGUCAGCUGAAAGUUUCAGAAAAGAACAUUCCAGUUAGAACUACCACCAGAAAGUUUCUGAGGCAAGAACCUUCUGUGCUUGCAUGAAGGACAGAAAGGAGGGACAGUAUGGGCAGAGCAGCAGGCAGUCGGCUGGUGUGUGUGAGAGCUGGCAUCUCCAUGAUACGGUUAAGAGGAAUCUCGACAGUGCCACAUCCCCUCAAAAUGGUGAUCAGCAGAAUGGCUACGGAGAUUUCUUUCCUGGGCACAAGAAGACGCGCCGAGAGGCCUCUCUGGGAGCUGCCGUCUCUUCCAACGGCCUGCCCCCGGCUUCCCCACUCGGCCAGCCCGACAAGCCUGGCCCUGAAGCCUUGCAGGCCACUGGGAAGCAUGCACUGGGGCUGGACUCCAUCAGCAAGAAGUGUCUGGCAGACUCGAGCCUCCACCUGAAUGGAGGCAGCAACACUAGUGAGUCAUUUCCCCUGAGCCUGAAUAAAGAACUGAAACAGGAGCCCAUGGAUGACCUGCCUUGCAUGAUCGCAGGGGCCGGAGGCUCCAUCUCUCAAGGCAACCUCAUGCCUGACCUCAACCUCAAUGAGCAGGAGUGGAAGGAGCUCAUCGAGGAGCUGAACAGGUCAGUUCCUGAUGAAGACAUGAAGGAUCUGUUCAAUGAGGACUUUGAAGAGAAGAAGGACCCAGAGUCUUCUGGUUCUGCCACACAGACCCCCCUGGCACAGGACAUUAAUAUUAAGACGGAAUUCUCUCCAGCGGCCUUUGAACAGGAACAGUUAGGCUCUCCACAAGUGAGGGCUGGGUCUGCAGGACAGACCUUUAUGGGGCCUUCAUCUGGCCCUGUGACCACAGAUUCACCCAGCCUCGGGGGCUCCCAGCCCCUCUUCCUCACCACUGGUCAGCCUGGAGUGGAUAGCCCCAGUCCCAGCCUGAUGCCGGCAUCAGCCCAGGCCCAGAAUGCACAGAGAGCCCUCUCCAGUGUGGUGCUGCCUAGCCAGGGCCCAGGCGGAGGCUCAGAGCUGUCCUCUGCCCACCAACUCCAGCAGAUCGCUGCCAAGCAGAAGCGUGAGCAGAUGCUCCAGAACCCGCAGCAGGCUGCCCCAGCACCCGCUCCAGGCCAGAUGUCCACGUGGCAGCAGACAGGCCCCGCCCACAGUCCCUUAAAUGCCCCUUACCCCGUGGAAAAGCCAGCCAGCCCUCCUGGUUACAAGCCAGACUUCACCACUUCCAAACUGCUCAUGAUGCCCAGUGUCAACAAGAGCUCCCCUCGACCUGGAGGCCCCUACCUCCAGCCCAGCCAUGUGAGCCUCCACCAGCCGCCAAGUAACUUGAAUCAAAACCCCGUGGCUAGCCAAGGCUCGGUGCUGGACUAUGGCAACACCAAGCCCCUUUCUCACUACAAAGCAGACUGUGGACAAGGCGGCCCUGGGGCUGGCCAGAGCAAGCCGGCCCUGAUGGCUUAUCUUCCCCAGCAGCUGCCUCAUCUUAGCAGUGAGCAGAGCUCCUUAUUUCUGAUAAAACCAAAGCCAGGAAAUAUGCCCUUCCGAUCACUGGUUGCACCUAGCCAGGACCAGAACCCUCCCAAUGUCCCUGUACCAACCCAGGCUGCCAGUGUGGGGACUCAGCCGCCUGCUGUUUCCGUGGCCAGCACGCACAGUAGCACCUCCUAUCUCAGUAGCCAGCAGCAGGCAGCGGUAAUGAAGCAGCAUCAAUUGCUUUUGGACCAACAGAAACAGAGGGAGCAGCAACAAAAACAUUUGCAGCAACAGCAGUUUUUGCAAAGACAACAGCACCUUUUGGCAGAACAGGAGAAGCAGCAAUUUCAGCGCCAUCUGACCCGCCCGCCACCCCAGUACCAAGACCCAACACAGAGCACCUUCCCACAGCAGGUUGGACAGUUCACAGGGUCCUCUUCUGCCAUGCCUGGCGUGAACACCUUGGGUCCAUCUAACUCCAGCUGUCCCCGAGUGUUCCCUCAGGCUGGGAACCUGAUGCCAAUGGGCCCUGGACACACUUCAGUUUCUUCUCUCCCCUCAAACUCAGGCCAGCAGGACCGGGGUGUGGCUCAGUUCACUGGCUCCCAAAGCAUGCCACAGAGCAGCCUCUACGGCAUGACUUCCAGCAUAACCCAGAUAGUUCCCCAGCCUCCACCACAGGCCACCAACGGACAUGCCCACAUUCCACGGCAGACCAGCGUGGGCCAGAACACCUCAGUUUCAGCUGCCUAUGGACAGAACUCACUGGGGAACUCUGGUCUCUCCCAGCAGCACAGUAAGGGGACCCUGAACUCGGGUUUAACUAAGCCACAGGUCCCAAGGGUAUCAGCAGCCAUGGGAGGCCAGAAUUCCACGUGGCAACAUCAGGGAAUGCCAAACCUGAGCGGCCAGCCCCCGGGAAACAGCACCGUAAGCCCAUUCACCGCAGCCUCCAGUUUCCACCUGCAGCAGGCCCACCUGAAAAUGUCCAGCCCGCAGUUCUCUCAGGCGAUGCCCAGCAGGCCCAUGGCCCCCAUGAGCUCAGCAGCUGUGGCAGGGUCCAUGCUGCCCACUGUGAGCGCACAGCAGAGGACCAGUGCCCCUGUGCCAGCACCUCCCCAGGGAGCCCCGCAGCAGGGCUUGUCGGGCCUGAGCCCGGCGGGGCCUGAGCUGGGGGCCUUCAGCCAGAGCCCUGCCCCAGCCAUGGGCGGCCGGCCAGGCCUGCACUGUGCCCAGGCCUACCCCGUGCGGACCGCAGGCCAGGAGCUGCCCUUCGCCUACAGCGGGCAGCCGGGCAGCGGCGGGCUGGCCAGCAUGGCUGGGGAUGCCGACCUGAUCGACUCCCUGCUGAAGAACAGGACUUCCGAGGAGUGGAUGAGCGAUCUGGACGACCUCCUCGGGCCUCAGUAGCAGGAGGAUUUGUGGUGGUUUCAGUGUUCACACAGCCUGUAUUUUUGUUCUCAGAUUCAAGAAAGAGGAACUACUUUGGACCAAAAGCCCACAGCCCAGGGAGCCGGGCAGGCGGAGCUAGAGCCGCGGAGCCGAGGCCUGGUCCUCCCGGGACCGUGGGGCCCACGGCUCCCAGCCAGCAGUUGGGAUGUCGGGCUGGCCCCCCCACCUGCAGGUGUCACUGAAUGGGGUUGGGACAGCAGGACUGGGUUCUACGGGGGUUUUUUUAUCCAGAAGACCAAAAAGCCAACCGUAAAACCCCACGAUGCCAGCUUUAUAAAAAUUUGUGCUAUCGUUUUGAUCUAAUCCAAGAUUUCUCCACUUGGCCCAGUGUUGGGACAGAUUUUUGUUGAAACUUUAUAGUGGAACUAUUUGCAAUUUGUAGCAUAGAAAAGAUUUUUUAAAGGUUUUAAGGUUUUAAAACAGAUUAGGGUAGGUGGUUAAAAUCUAUAAGUGGCAUUGGAAACUUAGGGUUUCCUUUUGAUUAAGAGCCUUUUUUAUUCCUGCUCUUUGUCAGCCUUCAGGACAAAGAGAGGCUCACUGGAAACUUGCAUGUGCCAAAAAGGAACAGGAUGCCGUGAGAAGCAGAGCUAGUGGCAGACAUGCGGUCGUUACUGCAGCCCCGCGUUCUCCCAGAAUGCUGUUCUUCCAGGUUGGCAUUUAGGAGGACCUGGGCUGAGGAAUCCCUUCCUCCCAUGUUUUCAGAGCAGGACCCCAGGCUAAAGGCUGAAAUACAAACUGGGGUUCCUGUGUCUCUUUUGUUGUGACUCCUCACCUUUUGCAGUUUCUCUGGAGACUCGUAUUUAAUGUAUUAGGAAGGUGAUCAUUGUUGAGUUGUGCACAGAUGUCUUUUCUUUCACCCUAUCUUCAUUUCCCAUAACCGUUCUUCCUGCCUCCUGUUCUUUAUUUCUCCAGCCCAAGUGGAAAACCUCCUUAUGGCACUAAUUUACUAGAUUGGAGAGGAAAAGAGUCAUUAGAAUUCUCCAGGGAACCCUAGCGCUGUAAGGAGGUGGGUGUCCCCUCCCCAGAAAGCAGAGGUUCAGGGGAAGGAGGGAAAAGGACACAGGCCAGAGGAAGGGACCCCGCUCCAUUCUGCUCCUGCUGCCACUGCCUCUUCAGACGACUUGCACUUUUUAGAGAGAAUUGCUUUGUAACACUAACACAUCCUUUCUAAAAAUUCAAGUGGAUUUCUCUUUUAAGGUCUAUGACUGUUUAGGUCUUGACUAAGCUAAGAGUCCACAUAGUAUUACCUGUGGGCUGUUUGUGGAAAGUGAAGACGGAGAGAGCACUUCAAUAUAGCAAAAGCAAAAUGGUAAGCGUAGGGUGAAACUCUUUGAAAUGGAAUAUUGGAGGGAAAAUAGUACAGUGAAAAGAGUGGCUUAUAUGCAGAAUGAUCUCUGGCGAAAUCACCGCCCCAUUUUUAUUUCCCUGGAGUUUGAACAUGGAUAAUUCAGGGAGUAUCAUAUGUAAAGAAUUGAGCCAAGCAAAAUGCUCAUGCGAGCAGCCUGAGUGGCUUUGGGGGGUGAGGGCUCGCGCAUUGGCCGUUACUCUGCACCAGCAGUGCCUUUCGUGGGGGUGCUUGGACCCGCAGGUCUCCUCCAGCAGCCACUUGCCGCUGAGUGGCCAUGGGGCCAUUUCCCUUUUAUCUCCCUCGCAGCCUUCCCCGGAGGCUGAACAUAGCUCAGAGAAAGGGAUGCAUCAUCAAGCCAGUGAAGACGCCGCCCUCUGAGUGAGUUCCCGAAUCUGAAGGGGAAGAGGGUGACUUCAGUGGGUUUUUUUUUUACCAAAAAUAGCGGGCUGGAGGCUGGUGGUGGGUCCCUGUUCCUCUCCCGGUCUCCCUCUGGCUGCGCUCACCUCUGUCCUCGGCACUCACACCUCUGCCCCCUGUGGGGAGGGCUGCCCCCGCCUUAGUCCUGGGCCACCUGGACCGACGGCAGGCUUCUCACCUGCUGCAGCGUCGGAGCAAUAAAUGUGAUGCUCGGGGCCCCUGGGAGCUGCCAGUGGCUUUAUUUAUGAACCUGGUUUUUGGGUAGUCAGGGGAGGAGACAGCUCCACGUGAGUGCAAAUCCCCAUCUUCCAGGAGCCAUGACGCAAAAGUAAAGGGUGCUCGGACUUUUGUUAUACACAUUUGCUUUGUGUAAAUAAAUGUUUACAAUUUUAUAUUAAAGAUGGAAUACGCGUUAGAGCUUCUGACUGUAUAUUUUUUACUUUUAUAGAUUUAAAAACUAUGAUCCUUUAUAUAUGUGUUUUGGGGGCUAUAAGUUUUAUGACAAACAGUUGGUAUUGUUAACUUUUUACUGUCAUCAAAGUACAUAGAAAUUCUAUUAAUUCCCUUAUUUUACUUCCUUAACUCUGGUAUACACCAAAAAGAAGUCUUUACUUUCCUGUUUUAUCACUAUAAAAUAAUAAAAGUAUUUUGCUAGUA